GGAAGUUAGGACACAGUACAAACUACAACUAGGAGGCAAUUACUUUUUUCUUCCUUUCAACAUUGGAUAGCACUUUCAUUAACACCUGCAUUCUUGACAACUUGAAGAAAAGACUGGGGAAAGCAGAGGAGCCACUAUGAAAGCAAACAAGGGGGGUCCCCUCCUUAUUAUAAGUGCAGUGGUAGCAGCUGUUCAUGCGGUUUCAGUAUCAGGACCUUCAAAGGCAGUGCACGCGAUAAGAGGAGAGAAUGUCACCCUACCAUGCAACUUUAAAAGUGGUCCUGCAGAGCCAAAAGACUUUAUCUCUUGGAGGGGAAAGACCUUGGGAAACGGCCAUACGGGAGAAUUUGCUAGGAAGACAUUUGAUGGUGAGGAACACUUUACACCAACUUACCAAGAUCGUUUAACAUUCUCUACCAAUUUUGGAAAGGGUGAUGCUGGAAUUACCUUUGAUCGGGUGACCAUGCAAGACAAUGGAACCUAUGAAUGCGCGGUCGAGAUAAGAAAUGAAUUCCCAUCAAAAAGUGUCGACCUAGAACUUUUGGUCCUUGUUCUUCCGUCUGUUCCAGUAUGCAAAGUUAUUGGGAAAAAAGAAUACGGUCAAAAUAUUAACCUGACUUGCAAUUCUGAUGAAGGAUCCCCAGAACCUAAAUAUACCUGGCAAAGUUAUGAUACACAGAACCAAAGCCGGCCACUUCCAGGAAUAGCUGUAGGAGGAAUACUGAUGCUGACAAAUGUUUCUAUAAACACCACCGGAUAUUUUAUCUGCCUUUCCCAAAACAUUGCUGGACAGAACAAAUGCAAUCUCACAGUUGCUAUUGUACCUCCAUCCAUGAACAUUGCUCUUUAUGCUGGAAUCAUUGCUGGGAUCCUUGCUGCUGUGAUUAUCAUAAGUGUUUUUAUUUAUUGUUGUUGCUGUAGGAAAUCAAAGAAUAAGGACUAUGAGGCAACGGAGACAGAAAAUACAUUCCAACCUCAACAUGAGGCUGUUCGAAUCCGGGGACCUUCCAAAGAAGAUCUUGGGGAUGAAUACGAAGAAAGGCCAGAAAUGUGAUUUGUGUUUCAGUUGUCUGGAAGCAAACACUUCCAGAACCUUCUUUCCAAAAGAAAGAGAAAGAAAAUAUUGAUUUAUAAUCAAAAUUAUUUGUUAUUCAACAAAUGGGACUUUAAUAUAUGCAUUGGGAGUGGGAUGAAAUAGAGGAUGAAUAACCAUGUAAAAAAUACAGAAGGAGGCACAAAGCCGAGUAAGAAGGAGGCACAAAGCCGAGUAAGAUAAGCUGAAAUAAAAGGCACAUCAAUUUCCAGAAUCCUUCUCAUCUGCUUGCUAGAAAGAAAAGAGGAAAAAAAACCUUGGGAAGUGUUAUCUUGUACCAUAGAUUUUAUGCAAAUUCUGAAUGCAGCAGAUGGGAAUUCUUUAAUACUGACCUUUUCUGCUGCAUUUGGAAAACAGAAGCAAAAUUAAACCCACCUCAGUUUCUAUGGAAUACUUUUAGUAUUGUAAGACAAAUAUAUAAAAAUCUAUGGCUUCCGUUAUGCAGCAUCUAGGCACUGGAUACUUGAUAAUCAUUUGGCGAACAAGGUGCAGCUCAUACUAAAGCUUUUCAGACUCAGCUUAUUCUCCUACUAUUCCAGUGAUGAUAUGAAUCCGAGGUGGUGCAGUGG